GUAUUUUUUAACCAAAUAAUUAUUAAUCUGUUAUUUUAAUAAUAAAUUUAUAAGUUGUGUUAUACCGCAUAUUGGUGAUUGUUGUUUGAAAAGGAAUUGAUUUGAAAUAUUAUUACAAACUGUGUAGAGUAAGUACGCGUCAGCCUUGAAGCUUCCUUUAUAAGCCGAGGAGAAACUUUCAGUCAACAGUGGUCUCUGAAUGUUCACCAAGACACUCCAACAUACAGAAAUGAACUCGGAAACAAUUGACUUGACUCUGCGAGUUGAAGAAGAACCAUCAUCAGCCGCUUCUUCUAAAAAAUUACCUAAACUGCCAACUACUACUUUUAUCAACAAACAUUAUCAACAUCAUCAACAGCAGCUGCAGCAGCAGCCGCACCAACAACCGCAACAACCUCAACAACAACAACAGCAGCAACAAGGACAGACUCCUACUACAUCAAAUACUGAUAGAUAAUGGAUUCAUCUUUUAGUCAAGCUAUGGAAAUAGACAGUGACUAUGAAAUGGAAGUAGAUCAAGAGGAGGAGGAGGAGAAAAAAAACUAUUAAAAAACUAUUAAAGACAAAAAAGCUAUUAUUAAUCCGAAAAAUAUUAAUGACAACAAAUGUUUUCAAUGGUCAAUUUCAGCUCGGUACAUACAAGGUGACCAUAAAGACCGCAUUGAUGAAAGGUACACAUCUAUUAUUAAUAAAUUUAAUUUUAAUGAUUUAGAUUUUCCAUGUCCUUUGAGACAGAUUAAAAAGUUUGAGAAGA